GGCGUGGCUGAGGGACGCGGCCGACGUGGAACCAGCCUUGCCGCGAUUUCCGGGUUAACGGCGGCGGCGGAGGCGCAGGAGGGGGCUGCGUGGUUUCUCGGAGGGAGAAGCGACACAUAAACUCCGCUGCGAUGGGUGGCUUUUUUUCAACCAUAUUUUCCAGUUUAUUUGGUACACGGGAGAUGAGAAUUUUAAUUUUGGGAUUAGAUGGAGCUGGAAAGACCACAAUCCUCUACAGAUUACAAGUUGGAGAAGUUGUGACUACCAUUCCUACAAUUGGUUUCAAUGUUGAGACAGUAACCUACAAGAACCUGAAAUUUCAAGUCUGGGACUUAGGAGGACAGACAAGCAUCAGGCCAUAUUGGAGAUGCUACUAUUCCAAUACAGAUGCAGUCAUCUAUGUAGUGGACAGCUGUGACAGAGACAGAAUAGGAAUUUCAAAGUCUGAGCUUGUUGCCAUGUUGGAGGAAGAAGAACUAAAGAAAGCCAUUUUAGUUGUGUUUGCAAACAAACAGGAUAUGGAACAGGCCAUGACUCCUACAGAAAUGGCAAAUGCACUUGGACUUCCAGCUCUGAAGGAUCGAAAAUGGCAGAUAUUCAAAACAUCUGCAACCAAAGGCACUGGACUUGAUGAAGCAAUGGAGUGGUUGGUGGAGACCUUGAAGAGCAGGCAGUAAAAUGGACUUGAAGUUUUUCUUCAGCAGUCAUGUGAAUGAAUGCAAUGCUGUAAAUAGAACUGACAAAAUGUUACCUUUUGAAAAGAUGGGAUUUCUGUGCAUUGUAAAUCACACUGAAUCACCUGAAUGUUUGUCUGGACUAUGUUUACUCCAUUUCUUGUGUAAGUUACAUAUGUAACAUCAAUUUUUAUGAGAGUUAUGUAACCGAAGUUAGACCAUGAAAAUAAAUAAUUGGAAUAUACCUUUGUUACUUAGAAAUCUAAGUGUUCAAAACUAUUUAACACUAAUAAAUAUUUAACUAUC